AUGGACAACAUCAGCAACGGCCUGGGCUUUGGCCAAGACCCAAAGGCCGCAGUCAUGAACCAAGUCCGUCAAGAAACUGCCAUGACCAAUGCCCGUCAAUUGAUCGAGAGAGUAAACACGCACUGCUUCGAGAAGUGUGUUGCCAAACCCGGCGCCUCGCUCUCGAGCGGCGAGACGACAUGUAUUUCCCAGUGCAUGGACAAAUAUAUGGCGGCGUGGAACACGGUCAGCAGGGCAUACAUCGAUCGCCUUCAAUCGGAGCAACAGAAGGGGCCGGGUGGCGGCGCGCCGCCGCCGACGAAAACGACAACGGAUCACAAAGACGAUCAGGCCUGGGAUGGCUGUAUGGCUUAG